UCAAAUUACUCUUCCUAAAUGUCAUGUCAAAAAUACAAAUUCUGUGUACAGACUUUUAUAAAAUAAAGAAAACAAAACCCCAAAAAAAUGUGAAUAAUCAAAGAACAUGUGAAAUCACACAGAAACCUUAAUAUGAUAAGUGUCAGAGGGUUGCUUUUGGUAAUGUUGAGAAGCGCCUUCAUCGUCGCCUUCCUCAGCAUUCCCAACCCUGUCGUCGCCUUCACCGGUCUCAAGAACUGGUCCAGGAGAGCAAUAUACCACAAGGUCGACCUCUGCACUCAAUCCUGUUACAGCCAGAUCAUCCCUGGACUCUACCUAAGCAAUGCGAGAGCAGCAGCCGACAAAAAUGUACUUAGACGGCUUAAUAUCACCCAUGUGCUCACGAUUGAAGCUCACCGCCUACCGAAAUCAACUUUUGCGGAUUCCAACAUUAGCACACUCUUCAUUAGGGCCUACGACACUCCUCAGACCCAUCUCCUGCCCUACUUCCCGAUGGCCAACGCCUUCAUCGACGAAGGUCUGCAGAAAGGAAACGUGCUUGUCCACUGCCAUUUCGGAGUAUCCAGGUCCGCCACCCUCGUCAUCGCAUAUAUCAUGGAAAAGUAUAAACUGACUUUCGAACAGGCAUUUGUGUACGUGAGGCAAAGACGGAGGUUCAUUAACCCCAAUCCAGGGUUCAUUAAUCAGUUGAAGGAGUACCAGAGAUUGAAUUACGACGUGAAUGGAUUCUACAGGUUCGAAGCGUAUAUGAAUGUGAACGCUAGGAAACACAAGUAUAAGAUAGCGUCCCUGGCUGCUGUGGUGGUGGGAAUUCUCGUACCCCUCGCUGUGUUGGUGGGCUAGGGUUGCCCGUCCACGUCACACUACUCCAAAGACAGAUAAUCGGCCUGAUUCCUUGACGUUCUCAGUCGGAUUUUCGGACCGACUUUUUGAAGGACGUGUCCCUUGCACUAUUGAUAUCAGUGUGUUACAUUUUCCCCUACAAAAAAUCGGUCACCGGUUAUCGGGCGUGGGCGGGCAGUCUAAACACAAUAGUCGCAUUUUUGCAAAUCAAGUGCUAGUUUUUGUAGAAAAAUAAAAAUACGGCUGUAAUGGCUUUUUCGACAAUUUUUCUCUCCUAGUAAUGGGUAUUAAUAAUUAUGAAUAAUCAUGCGAGUGCUUACACUUUUAAAUUUAAUAAAUAUGUUACAUGAAUAUGUGAUUUCUAAGUUUAUGAAAAUAAAUAAAACGGCGAUCUACUAACACGUCUUAAAUCAUUGCA